AUGGAGAAUGAUUACGAUUCAAUAAACUUGGCAUCCACACUCAAAAGUGAACUAAAAGCAACGUCGUCGCCUGGCCAGCGAUCACCCUACCAACAAAAAAUACCAGUUUCGGAGAGUGAAAGUUAUGAUGACGAUGAAUUCGAGCAUGACCCAGAAGAGUUUAUAACAAACAAACAUGGAGAUCUGCAAUUGGAACCCAUUUUCCAGGAUUUCGCUCUGCGUACUACCGAUGAGCAAGAUGAUCAACUAGCAGGUUCAAACAACACUUUGAGAUUAGGACUGUUGCAUUUAUCUGAGCUUUUGCCCCCUCUGAAUAGCCAAAACUUUGAUGAACCAAUCCAGCAUCUCUCAGGACGGAUAAAAGCAUUAGAGGGAAAAUUGAUAGAGCACUCACAAGUCUAUAGUACUUUAUUGAGAGAAGGGGAUUCCAAUGUGGCCGAAAUGAGAUCGGUCAUUCUACAAAUUUUUCAUCAACUAUCUGAAUGCUAUUUUUCCUUGAAUGAGUUGUACUCGAAAGACAUGUCGUAUACAAAGUCUGUAAAUACCUACUUUGAUGCCUGGAAUUUAAAGCAUGACAGGGUAUUGCUGAAAAUAAAACGGGAAAAAAGUGAGAGGAGUACGCAUGGUGCCAAACUUUCGAGGUUGUUAAAUGAAUCAACAGCGCUUGAUGACGAUAUCGAUGAACUCCAACAGCGAGUGGCAGUGUUGCAGAAGAAGAAAUUGGUUUUGAACAAGGAGAUAGAAGAUACCACUAGCGUGUUGGAGAGUAAAACCGCUACAUAUGGGGAAAACUUGCGGUAUUUGGAACAAAACGGCAGAGAAAUCCUACAAGACUAUUUGCAUUACAAUGGUCUACCAGAAUCUGAUUUUACAACUUUGUUGAAAGAACAAACUAUAGACCUUUCAUUCAGCAUGCCUAAAAGGUCAACUUUCGACGUGGCAACCAAUUUCGAGCAUCCACAUUCAAAUAUGCCUAGACUCCAGCCCAAUGCUAAUACCACCCCUAUAAGCAGCGUUGGCAAUGGGGGUUCAAUAGGAAUGAAGCCUUACGAACCUCCUUUGGUACCUUCAUCACCUACAUUGCCACUGCAAAAGCCUCUCCCCCUUCACGACGAGUCUUUGAUGAAUCAUGGCCACGGUCCCACCGCAUUUGAGAAAGGAUAUGCCAUUGGAGCUCAAAAUUCAAAGCUACUCAAAAGCCAGGUUCAAAGCUUCCUUCACAAUGUUGUUCUGCAUGUACCAAAGAAAAGCGAGGUAUCUCAAUUAAAGCAUUUGAAUCGUACAGUCACUACAACUUUGGAUGUAGAACCCAUUACCACUUUCUUACGACUACGUGUGGAUGCUUUGAGUGAUCUAGUAAUAAGCACAUCUAAGAAGGCUGCUUAUUAUCACGAUUGUGAUAAGCAAUGGUCCCAAAUCCAACGAAUAAUAAGUUUGCAAGAGGAACAACUAGAACGCAUUUUAAAGGAGUCAAAGGCCGACGAAGAUAUUACGCCAGUCAUCAACGCCUUGAAUCAAACACGGGCUCAGUUAGAAUUGGCCAUGAAACCAAUUUUGCUUUUGAAUUUGGGGGGAGUUUUACUGCAAUUGGUUCGUAAUGAAGUCGAAGCAGUGACAGAAGCCUUGUCAAUUGUGUCAAAAGGAAAAAGUAUGAGUCAAAAACAAAGCUAA